CAGCGAGCCGUCUCCAUGGCGACGUUCAGCAGCAUGGCCGAGCGGUUGUGGAACGGUUCGGACGGUCCGGACGCGUCGGGGAACGGGAGUGUGGGGCCGGGGGCCGGGGGGCCGGGGGGGUUGGGCGGCGGUGGCUGCAACUACCCGGCCAUGCUGUACUCCCUGCUGAUCCUGGCCAUCGUGUUUGGCAACGUGCUGGUGUGCCUGGCAGUGGUGCGGGAGCGCGCCCUACAGACCACAACCAACUACCUGGUGGUCAGCCUGGCCACGGCCGACCUGCUGGUGGCAUCGCUGGUCAUGCCCUGGGCCGUCUACCUGGAGGUGGUGGGCGGGGCCUGGGUCUUCAGUCGUCUCUACUGUAACAUCUUUGUCACGCUAGACGUGAUGAUGUGCACAGCCAGCAUUCUCAACCUGUGUGCCAUCAGCAUCGACAGGUACACAGCAGUGGUCCUGCCCGUCCUGUAUAACACCACCCAGAGCUCCAGGACACGGGUUUCCCUCAUGAUCGCUGCGGUCUGGCUCCUGGCCUUCGCCGUCUCCUGCCCCCUGCUGUUCGGACUGAACACGACAGACAACCCCACGGUCUGCUCCAUCUCCAACCCAGAGUUUGUGAUCUACUCCUCGGUGGUGUCCUUCUACCUGCCCUUCUUCGUCACGCUGCUGGUCUACAUCCGCAUCUACGUCUUCCUCCGGAUGCGCAGGAAGAGGAUCGCCUUCCGCCAGGCCAGCAGCCAGGUGCAGCCCGGAGUGACCCCUUCCUCCCAGGAGACCUGCCCGGAAGCAUCCCAUGUGAGGGCAGACCUAUCACCUAUCAGGAUAAAUGUGGGGGCAGAGGAGCCGGCCGGACCCCCCAAGUCUGACCUGCUGUCCAUGUGCCUCCGUCGCAAGCGGCCCAAGACGGGUCCGGGGGCCGGCCCGCCAGCGCCCCCAGUGGACACCAACGACUACUGCAGCGUCAGCCACGCCUCCUGCGGACGCACAGACCUGGACCUGGAGCAGGACCUGGAGCAGGACCUGGAGCAGGACCUGGAGCAGGACCUGGAGCAGGACCUGGGGUGGGACCAGGGGCAGGGGGAGGAGGAGGAGGAGGAGGGGGCGGCCCGGAGGAGCAAGCGGUUGUCAGUGAGGAGAAGCUGUGAGGUGAAGGAGCUGUCCAACGGACGGUCCCACACCGCCCUGCGGCCCGCCGGCCACCCCUGCCUCCAUCAGCCCCGCCUCAGGAGCCUGCAUGCCCGCGAGAGGAAGGCCACGCAGAUGCUGGCCAUAGUCCUUGGGGUGUUCCUCAUCUGCUGGCUGCCCUUCUUCGUCACCCACAUCCUGAACACCCACUGCAGCACCUGCUACAUCCCCCCCACCCUGUACAGCGCCGUCACCUGGCUGGGCUAUGUCAACAGCGCCCUCAACCCCGUCAUCUACACCACUUUCAACGUCGAGUUCCGCCGUGCAUUCAUCAAGAUCCUGAGCUGCUGA